CACACCGGCACACCUUCUCCACGUAUUUCGUCUCGCAAUCAACUCACGCCGUCGGUCCGUCGGUCCGUCGGUCGCUCGCACUACCUCGGCGGUCGUAAGUCACCUCACGCCGCCUUACUCGCCAAUCCGACGUCGACGAUUUGGCGACCGGCGCCGACACCCUCGCACAUCCCCACCCCGCCCGACGCGCAGCGUCAUAAGCACUCCUCGACUCGGCACCAGGUUGCCUCUAACCCCGUGAACACAAGACAUGCUUACCAUCAACUCGGCGGCCGUAACAAACGUCGCCAAAGCGACAUCGGCGUUGUCGGCAUGCUCGCGGCCGGUGGGCAACACUGGCACCAACGUCAGUGCCACCAGCGCCGACCCACCGCCAGAGCCGCGGCGACUCCAGAAACGGGUAAUUGCACAAACAUGCGAAAAAAUGCACACUUCACGGCUCGGGCGCCCCUCUUGCGUUGCGCCCGCUUCGCCUCCUCCUCUUCCGCCGCACAAGCUGCACCCACCCACAUGGACAGACGCGCCAACAUGCGCACAACCGACGCGUUCUCGCCGAACCCCUCUACAAAUCGCUCAAGCGUUUGUGGCGAAGCCUGUCGGGCAAGCAGCGGGCCCCGGCGUGAGAACUUAGCCUUCCGGGCCGGGCUUCGCUUCACUCGACCUGGCCCGGCACGGCCAGCAGAUGAGCGCGUGAGAGAAUGCAUGAAAUCGCAGCUCUCUCAUUGGGUUGAGUCGAGUGGAUUGCCAGAGCCUCCAGCCUAUCGAUCGCCUAGUCCCCUCGACCUACGCGCCCCUAACCGCACGCCUCGGUUCAUUGUGUCUCGUUCGGUCGGCCGCCAGCCGCCUGCGCCGCCUGCGCCGCCUGCCGCUCCUUCGGCCUCGUCACGCCCGGCCUCGGAUCUAGUCAUGCCAGCGCCGCCACGUUCGGCCGCCUCACUCGGCUGCCCCUUCGCCUGCCCGCCUCGACGAGUGUCGCUCCGCCGCGCCUCAGCUCGGAUUACCGCCAGCCCGGCCUAG